GUCACUUUCGGAUCCGUGGCCACUGAAUCACCGUCCACUAGCCCUUUCUCUUGUCUCCUGUUAGAACAUGGUGCGGACUAAAGCAGACAGUGUCCCAAACACCUAUAGAAAAGUGGUGGCUUCCCGCGCUCCCAGGAAGGUGCUUGGUUCCUCCACCUCUGCCAUCAACUCUCCAUCUCCUUCAUCCAGGAAAGCUGAAAACAAGUAUGCAGGAGGGAAUCCAGUUUGUGUACGCCCAAUUCCCAAGUGGCAAAAAGGAAUUGGAGAAUUCUUCAGUAUGUCUCCUAAAGGUUCAGAAAAAGAAAAUCAGUUUCUUGAAGAGGCAGGACCGAGUGGCUUAGGAAAAGCAAAGAAAAAAACAUGUCCUUUGCAACCUGAUCACUCAGAUGAUGAAAAAGAAUAGAACUUUAUUAUUCAUCUUUGAAUAAUGUCUUGUGUUUACUCUGGUAUCCUAGAAGUGUAUGAAGAUGUUUGUCCAACUGGCUUUGUUAAAUAGGCAUUUAAUUUAGAAAAUGAGGCAAAGACUUAAUUGUUAAAAAGUAAUUGUGAAUUGAAGAAUUUGUAAAAUUAUAGCUACUUGUUUAGCUCAUUAUUCAAGUUAAUGCAAUAUGUUGUUUCUUUGAUCUAGUAUUAAGCUUCUGUUCUCAUAAAAAAUCAGAUUUCAUCAUCUAAUUACUAAUCUGCUACUUUGAGGUUUGUUUAGAUUUGUACUGAUGCCAUUUUUAUGAACAUUUGAUUAUUGGAAUGGGGCCAUAUUUCUAUUCCUUUUGUUUGCUUUAAGAGAAAACACAGACUUUUGCACAUCAAAGAAUUCAGUGUAACUUAAAUUUAAAUAACAUCUAUCAUUUUUCGGAAAGGGAGGCCAAAGGCAUAAUGUUGAAAAAAAUGAUGGGUAUCUUUUUAAAAAUUGUUCAAGACAGGUCUGGGAAGGUGGCUCAGUG